AUGGAGCGAGCCGCUCGAGCCGCUCGAGCGGCUCGCUCGCUCGAGCGCCUCAGCGGCUUGAGCGGCUUGGUGGCUCGAGCGCCUAAGCCGCUGAGGCGCUCGAGCGGCUCCAUGCUCGAGCGGCUUAGCGAGCGAGCGGCUCAAAUGGCUCUAGCCGCUCAGCGGCUCAAGCCAUUCAAGCCGCUUGUUGGCUCGAGCGGCUUAGGCGCUCGAGCGAGCGGCUCGCUCGGCUCGUGA